GUUAGCACCUGGAGCAAUUUCAAGUAGGUGUCCUUCAAGGUUACUAGUUACAAGUGGUACAUAAUCAUGCUGCUGCGACAGUUUCAACUAGAGAAAGGACAAGAGCACACACCAGUUGUGAAGUCUCUGCUUCGGCUUCCAAGACCUCAGAUCCAGAGACUUACUGCUCACAAUGACAACAUGUCAGACCAGCUGGGAACACGCCUUCUGCAUUUCUGGACUCAAAGUCUUUAAUGUAAUCCCUCUGGAUCUGAAGACAGAAACAUCAGUGGAGCACCCAUUUGCUGAUGUUUGCUGAUGUCAGUAUGCAUCUGCUGAGCUGCUGAAUAAUACUACUAAUAAGUAAGUGUUUCAAAAACUCCUGGAUAUAGCUAAAUAUCCUCACAAAUAUCCUCCCACAGCAGCCGUGGCCGGAAGUGCCACUGCUAGCUGCCGCUGCCACAUUGCGAGGGAACGCAAAAGCAGUCCUCAAAACAAUUCUCGCCAUGACCUUUAGGGGGCUCCGUAGUGCGGCCUAGCUGUAGUUAGAACGUUCAAAAUCGGUUUUGAACCAAAACACUAAAAGAGCAAAACAGAGACCGACCGAUGCUGCCGAGCUCUCUUCAUCUAUUCUGCUAACUAGUCUGCAUGGAAAUGGAGAAUAACGUUGCUGAGGAGGCUAACACUUCUAGCAUCAGAGGCUGCGGUAGCCGUUUGAAGAAAUGCUGGGACUACAUUCUGCUGAAUAAAUUUCUGGCUUCAAGUCUGACAGCUGUUGCCCUGGGUGUUGUCCUUGGUGUAAUUCUCAAGUCUUAUGUCCCUAUGUCCGAACACGACCAAAUCUACAUCGGCUUUCCGGGAGAAAUACUCAUGCGGAUGCUUCAGGUGGUUACCGUUCCUCUUAUUGUUACAAGUGUGAUAACAGGUGUUUCUGGUCUAAACGUUGAAACUUCCAGAAGAAUCGCUGUACGUGCAGCAGCAUACUUUGUCUCAACCACUCUUCUGUCUGUGGCUACAGGGUUAAUAUUGGUACUGUUGAUCAAGCCAGGAGUGUCUCAUACUGUUGAAAAGGAUGAGAUAGAAGAUGAGGAGUCCUUCUCGGCUGUCAAUGCCUUGUCGGAUCUAAUAAGGAACGUGGUCCCACAUAACCUGAUUGAGGCUUGCUUCCGACAAUACAAGACAGAGAGGGUGGAGCUUGAAAUUGAAGCAGAUGAGCACAAUUUUAGCCUGGAAACAAAUGCGACGGAAGUGCGACUGGUGGGCCAUCAUGUUGAAGGAGCCAACAUGUUAGGACUGAUUGUGUGGUCUUGUGUUUUUGGCGUAACCCUCAACAGAAUGGGAGAAAAGGGGAAAGUCCUUGUACAGGUCUUUACCGUCCUCAACGAGGCCACAAAAUGUGUGGUCAACAUGAUACUGGGCUACUUGCCAUUUGGAUUGCUGUUCAUAAUUGCAGGCCAUGUUGUUGAGGUUCACGACUGGGAAACUACCUUGAAACUCGGAAAGUUCAUGAUUGUCGUUGUUCUUGGGCUUAUAAUCCAUGGAACGAUAACUCUACCAGUGAUCUAUUUCCUGUGUGUGAGACGUAGCCCCUAUGCUGUUAUCAAGGGGAUUUCUCCUGCCUUACUGACUGCACUGGUCAUCUCGUCCAGCUCUGCCACACUGCCACUCACUUUCCAAUGUUGCGAGGAGCGACUCAAGAUCGACAAAAGAGUCACUCGUUUCAUGCUGCCCAUUGCGACCAACAUCAACAUGGACGGAACUGCCCUUUACGAAGUGAUCGCAGCAGUUUUCAUUGCCCAAUUUAACCACAUCAAUCUGGACAUGAGCCAGUUAAUUACCCUUACUGUGACAUCAGCAAUGUCCAGCAUAGGAACAGCAGGGAUCCCAGCCACAGGAGCAGUGACCACUCUCUUUGUUUUGACAGCGAUUGGUUUACCUGCGAAGGAAGCCUCCAUUCUUGUGGUUGUAGAAUGGAUCCUAGACCGCUGCAACACUGUUAUCAAUGUCCUGGGAGACUGCUUUGGCGUGUGUCUUGUUCACCAAAUGUCGAAAAAAGAACUGGAAGAAAUGGAGGAGCAAGGACAGGAAAUGACAGGGAUGCAUGACAGUGAUGCUGAGGGCCACACCCCAGACGAGAUCCAGGUCCACAUAAGCAGCCAGGACUCUCGUGAUGACACCCUCUACACCCCAGUAGAAAACCUAUCACGCCAAGACAGUGAUGCAGAGGAGAACGCUCAGGGCAAGGACCGGUCCAGCGAGGAGUCUGGUCUUGAGAUCCUGCACACCCCACCAGAAAAUCUGUCACCUCAGAACAGCGACGACGAUUUUGGCAUGGAGUGGAGGGGGCAAGGAGAACAUGAUUUACAUAUAAUCUGCAUACUAAGGAGAGAACAUCACUCUUCCUGAACUCUGGCCUCAGCACAAACAUACAGCAAUGGCUUCCACAGGUUCAGCAGGAACUCUUAAACAGCAAGUAAGUCUGCUUCUCUCUGCCACUGCUUUCUCACAUAGAACCGGGCUGGUUAAAGUGAACUUUUAACUGACGCUUGUCUAGUAGAGGUCCGCUGGAACAAGUGCUAACAUUAGCUGACAGCUAGCUUACUUCUAUGUGAACGAACAACGGCAGAGAGAAACAGACUUAAUUGUGGUUUGGGAGUUCCAGGUGAACUUGUGAAAGCCAUCGCCGUAGGUGUGCUGUCAAGCCAGCCACAUUUGGAUUUUGAUGUACGUCUAUUUCUGCAGUUACGGUACCAGUGCUUGCAGUGAUUUCUCACUUUGUAUACCAUAUUUUCUCAUUUGGGUAUUCAGUAAUAAUAAUGGACAGGGGUGUGGUUGCCACAAACGAAUAAAGGCCGCUCCCUAUUACAAGCCAGGGGAAAAAAACAAGAGUGCAAUUAAAUCUCCACUGUUGUUUGUUCACAUAGAGCCUAAAAUUAGCUAGCUGUCACUAUUAGCUAACGUUAGCACUUGUUCCAGCGGAUCUCUGCCAGACAAAAGUCAGUUAAAAGUGACUUUUCCCUUCAGUAUGCAGAUUAUCACGCUCUCCCCUCAAACCCCUCCUCUCCACGCCAAAACAGUGACAGAAAGUUGACACUGAAAAAAAAAAACUGACCAAGGGAGAAAAUGGUCACUGAAAAAAAGAGUGCCAUGAAGAAAAAAAUCAGAGCAUUGUCACUGAAAAACAUAAUGCAAAAAAUAUCUAAAUAAAAUGAAAUAAAUUUUAAUGUCAGUGAAAGUGUCAAUACAACUUUUUCCAGUACAAAUAUUUCAAUGCCAGUGUUAACUUUUUGAGUUCCGGUUUUAGUAAGUAUUUCUGAUUUUGUUUUCAAAGUCACUGUCCUGGCCCCAUAAUUCAUCAGUAGGCCAAAAGCUCAACCCUAUGGCUCAUUCACCAUUGUGUUACCUCCUUCGGAGAUAGAUAGAUAGUGAUUUAACAGACAUUUCGAGAUUAUCACUUUAAAUAAAACAGUAUAAA